GACUAGCCUUGCUCUUACCGCAAAUAAUCUCCGAGGGACAAAAUGCUUUCAUCCACAAACGAUAAAUAGUGGAAAAUGUCUUACUUGGGCAUGAUCUAAUGCACUAUUUGAAGCCCAUCAUUUCUUGCCCUUGGUUUUGUGACUUCGUACUAACUUUGAGCCUUUUGUUUGAAGCCUUUCAGGUAUCCAAUUCCUCAUCCAAUGCCUUACAUUUGUAGACAAAAAUACCUACUUUCUUGGGGUAGAAGCCUCUAGACUCGAAUCUCAUCCAUGCUCCUCGAAUUGAGCUCCAAAGUAGGCUUCAUAAACACGUUUCUAGACAACCAUUUUCUGGCAGUUUUCCUGUUUUGAGUGAGCAACUUUGAGACCUUGUAAAACAGCCUUAAUGAUUUCUUUUGGAUCCGAAAAACAUGCCAUUUUGUAGAUAAACUUCUUAUCUUCAAAACAAGCUAUCAAACUCGAAUUUUCAUCGAGCCAAUUGAGAGAACCAAGCCUCCAAAGUAGGCUACCUGAAACUGUUCCAACACUUGGACCAAAAUCAGAAUUCUUCAUGUGAGUUGAGAUAGCUUCUUUUGCAAGUAAUUGUGAUUUGUGGAUUGAUCCAAUUUGGAUAAUAUCAUCGGGGUUCUUUGCACCCACUCGUGGUCUCCUUCAAGGUGAUCUCUAUCCCCCUCUCUUAUUUGUGCUUUGCACGGAGGGGUUCGCGACUCUUCUCUGGAAAGCCAUUUCGGCGGGAAAAUUAGAAGGGGUGAAAGUUUCACAGAUUCUAGGUGUAGGGGCGGUGGGGUUUCAAGAUAAAUACCUAGGACUUGCCACAUUGGUAGCCCAGUCAAAGAUGGCUACAUUUCAUUUUUUGGAGGCAAAUAUGCUGGAGCGGCUUGAGGGGUGGAAGCAGAGGACACUUUCUUGGGCAGCUAAAGAGACUUUGAUUAAAUUGGUCGCUUUGGCUAUGCCACUACAUGUCAUGUCUUACUUCAAACUUCCUUUCGCUGUUUUUUGACUCCUAGACAGACAUGUGAUCAGAUUCUGGUGGGGUGUUGAAGGGGGCAUUCCUGAAUGCAGUGUCUGUCCUAGUAGAAUAUGAGUAGGAGUAAGCAUGAUGGAGGAAUGAGAUUUCGCCGUUUUGAACAUUUUACUCAGGCACUAUUGGCCAAGAUUGGUUGGCACAUCCUUAAAGAGCCCUAGUCGCUCCUUUCUAGGUUUACAAAGGAAAAUUUCCCUGCAAGGACUUUCCUUGAGGCCACUGCUCGAUGCCGACCUUCGUGAGGGUGGCAGAGCAUCCUUUUUGGCCGAAAGUUACCGAUCAUGGGCCUACAUUGGUAGGUUGGUAAUGGAAGGCGAAAUCCUCUACUUCCCUCUAGUUAGAUCCAUCGUUUACACCCUCAUACCCCUAAGUAUAAUCCCCGAGUGUUACCUGAGGGUGACCUGAAGGUAGCGGAGGCGAUUUGCUAGGGGGAGGGUCAGUGGUGUGGAAUUAAACUUAGCCAGGGGUUUGACACAACAACUUGUCGUGUCGUCAAAGCAAUGCCCCUUCCUCGUCAUGAUGUGGAGGAUAGGUUUAUCUGGCAUGACACGUGUGAUGAGGUAUUCACGGUCAAAUCGGCCUAUCAUCUUGCAGUCUUGUUGGAUAAGUAGGAGGGGCGGUGGCGAUCCUUGGCUAGUUGGAUGGAUAAGUCGAGUUGGAUAACCUUGCGGAAGUCAAAUAUUCCACCCAAAUUAAAAAAUUUUGUUUGGCAAAUCUUUCACUAGAUCCUCACGAUGAUGGAAGCCCUUAUUAAGAAGAAAGUCCAGGUGAUGCCCAGGUGUCUGGUUUGUUGAGCAGAGUAAAAAACAAUGGAGCAUUUGUUUCUUGAUUGCUUGGUGCCAAGGGCUCUCUAGGAUCAUUCAAGACUUGAGUAUCUUGGUCAGGGUUUGCCUCGUCACACGUUUCCGCUUUUUCUUAAAAAGUUGAUGUUAUUGAUACAUCAACCUCAACUGUUUAUGCCAGUUGUGGUGGUCCUCUGGGGGAUCUGGCGCUCACGUAAUUGGAUUGUCUUUGUGGGCAAACAAUUUGGGAUCCCAGUGUUGAUGCGGUUUCACCAGCAAUACCAAGAGUGGAUCACUUUGCCAAUUGACCAUACUCAGCGAUUGGCCAGCCCACAAACUCAGUAAAUGGGGGUAGGGGACCUGAUGACUCGAUAUUUGCACAUGUUUUCCCCUUUGUUUCUUGAUCGUUUAAGCUUGCAUUAUUGCUUCUUUGGCCUAUUUUACGCUAGGUUGUGUUCCUUUGUCACAUUUCAGGCCCUAGCACAUAAAGUGAAGCGUAGGCGCAAGUUUCAAGUCAAUCGGAGAUCAUUUGGCAAUUCGAGAGAAGAAACACGAGCAUGACCUGAGGAAUAAUGGAUUUCUACCUCAUAUAAUGGAAAAAUUAUCAUGGAAGUUUGUUAUGAAAAGAAAGAGGACGAGACUACGAGCGUCUGGGUUCAAACGGCGACUGAUUUGGAGUCCGGACGAGGGAGAAACAAAGCUUUGAACAGGAGCGGAGGAAGAAUUACGGUCAGGAGAAUUACGACCGUAAUUUCCCCUCCCAUGCCCGUAUUUUCACUGUCGAGAGGAGUUUUGGGUGCGCUGAAACUUAACCAAAACGCGUGUUUUGGGAAAAAUACGGGCAUGGAAGAAUUACGACUGUAAUUCAGCCAGUAAUUCGCCCAGAAUCGGGUUUUUGAGGCAGAUUCGAGCCAAAGGAAAGGGAGAGCUGGGUUUUUGGUUCCCAAACACCCAAGGGACGAACCCUAGAGAGAGAGAGCGACUUGGGAACAUUCUUGGAGCUAUUUUGGGGGAUUUCUUCGCCAUUGGAGCUCGGGAAUCAAGCUUGGAGAUGGAGAUUGAAGAUCUAGAUCAGAUUUCUGCAGUCUCUCUCUUCUCUAUGGAGUAACUUCCCUUCACUUAGGUUUUGAGGAACCCUAGUUCCAUGAGUUAGGAUCUUUCUUGUAUGAAAUUUUGGAUGCUAUAUUGUUUGAUUAUAAUCGAAUGAUGCAUGUUUAUUGAGUCAAUUGAAGUCUGAUCAACUUUUCCUGAUUUAUGCUGCAACCUGAGAUAGAUAGAAUCUUAUUAGGUUGUUAGAGCCUCAUCAUUCGGUAGUAGGAGAUUGGCUAUACGAGAGUUAGCCAGUUUACUGCUUUGUACUGGAAUCCAAUUCCAGUAGUGGAGUUCUGUGCUUAUUGCUUCAGCUUUCUAUCCCGGUGAAGACUAGUCGUCUGUCGGGUAGUUAGACUGAGAGGGCUUGGUCAGCUUAAGAGAUUCCAAGCUACCGUCGGAUCUUCCGCAGUCUAAUCAACAGUAAAUCAACCCAGGGAAAUUGCAAUUGAACCUAACUAAGGAGCUAGGGGAACUCAUUCCCGAGUGACUCUUACCUGCUCGAGAAAACCGAAUAAUUUCCUACUUUCUUUCUGCUUUUGCUUUUAAACAACAAUCACUUACUUUAGUUGGCUAGAUAACAGAGAAUCACUGAGUAAGCAGUAAUUUGAUAGCAUCGUAUUUGCACGUGUUUUCACUCUGGUUUCCUGUCCAUUUCAGCUUGAAUUGAUUGUUCUUUGGCCUAUUUUACGCUAGGUUGUGUUGUUUUGUCGUAUUUCAGGCCCUAGCACAUAAAGUGAAGCAUAGGCGCAAGUUUCAAGUCAAUCGGAGAUCAUUUGGCAAUUCGGGAGAAGAAACACGAGCAUGACCUGAGGAAUACUGGAUUUCUACCUCAUAUAAUGGACAAAUUAUCAUGCAAGUUUGUUAUGAAAAGAAAGAGGACGAGACUACGAGCGUCUGGGUUCAAACGGCGACUGAUUUGGAGUCCGGACGAGGGAGAAACGAAGCUUUGAACAGGAGCGGAGGAAGAAUUACUGUCAGGAGAAUUACGACCGUAAUUUCCCCUCCCAUGCCCGUAUUUUCACUGCCGAGAGGAGUUUUGGGUGCGCUGAAACUUAACCAAAACGCGUGUUUUGGGCAAAAUACGGGCAUGGAAGAAUUACGACCGUAAUUCAGCCAGUAAUUCGCCCAGAAUCGGGUUUUUGAGGCAGAUUCGAGCCAAAAGAAAGGGAGAGCUGGGUUUUUGGUUCCCAAACACCCAAGGGACGAACCCUAGAGAGAGAGAGCGACUUGGGAACAUUCUUGGAGCUAUUUUGGGGGAUUUCUUCGCCAUUGGAGCUCGGGAAUCAAGCUUGGAGAUGGAGAUUGAAGAUCUAGAUCAGAUUUCUGCAGUCUCUCUCUUCUCUAUGGAGUAACUUCCCUUCACUUAGGUUUUGAGGAACCCUAGUUGCAUGAGUUAGGAUCUUUCUUGUAUGAAGUUUUGGAUGCUAUAUUGUUUGAUUAUAAUCGAAUGAUGCAUGUUUAUUGAGUCAAUUGAAGUCUGAUCAACUUUUCCUGAUUUCUGCUGCAACCUCAGAUAGAUAGAAUCUUAUUAGGUUGUUAGAGCCUCAUCAUUCGGUAGUAGGAGAUUGGCUAUACGAGAGUUAGCCAGUUUACUGCUUUGUACUAGAAUCCAAUUCCAGUAGUGGAGUUCUGUGCUUAUUGCUUCAGCUUUCUAUCCCGGUGAAGACUAGUCGUCUGCCGGAUAGUUAGACUGAGAGGGCUUGGUCAGCUUAAGAGAUUCCAAGCUACUGUCGGAUCUUCCGCAGUUUAAUCAACAGUAAAACAACCAAAAGGAAUUACAACUUGGACUUAAUUGAGGAGCUAGGGGGAAUCAUACCUAAGUGAGUUCCCAAACUGUAAUUAGUAGUUUUACUUAGUUUAUUUAGUAGAGUAGUUUAGUUAAUCAAUCCUUAAUCUAGUUUGCUAGAUAAUGAACUGAAGCUGAGUAAUAGUAACUCUAGAGACCCGUGGAUUCGAUAUUUAUUACUUGUGCCACUAUACUGCAGUCCCUUUCAUUGGUUACACUUGGCCAUUGUUAGGUGUUGUGUUUUAGCGUGUCAAGUUUUUGGCGCCGUUGCCGGGGACUUUCUAGAUUAUUAGGAAAGGCAGAAGUUUAUUACUUUAGCAUUUUUCUUUUCUUUUCCACCCUUGCUUUUCACUUGGGUGUUUUUUUGUUUUUGUUGGUGCAGAUCUGAAUCAUGGAUCCGCAUGGCUUCUCCAACCAGUGGGGGUAUCCACCACCAUCCGAGUGGUAUUACCCCGAGACUCCCUGGAGCAAUCAAGGAGGAGAAGACUAUGGAUUCGGGUUCCAGUACCAACCCCCUUACUACGGAGAACAAUCAGACCCCUGGGCAUAUCAAGAACAAUCUCCUUAUCAAGAAGAAUUCCUCCCACAACAAGAAGGGCCAUCAGAUCUUGAGUUAGCCACAGCCUUCACGGGCCACUCUGCAGAGCCAUGCUACACUUCACUGGAAGAUCCGAACAAACAAUUAAGGCUUCUCGUGGAGCAGUUUGCUCGAGACACUGAGAGAUCAUGCUCCAAGAUGGAUCUUCAAAUCAAUGCCCUUGCUGCUUCCGAUCCCUCAUUUCUCCAUGAUAUGGAGGAGACUGUUCAGCGCUCAGCGAAGCAAACAGAGUGGGUGGAGCAAGUUUGCUCACAUCUUGCUCAAGAUCACCUUUCUGCUACCACGCGAAAAGAGGUGGAGGAUGACAAAGGCUAUGGGGAUGUUGAGGAGCAUACAGAAGUUAUCAUAGAGAACUCCCAUGAUAAUCAUGAUCAGGAAAGUCCUCUGGUUGCAGAUCACACAAUUCCUUAUUUCUGCUCUAACAUGCUGGGCCCGAGCGAGGAGAUGCAAGAUGAUCUCAUUGAAGAAAUUACAUGGCGACUUGCUCUCCAAUUUGUGCUAGAAGAAGAAGAGCAAGAAAGGGUGCAGAAAGAAGUUGUGGAGGAUGACGAAAGUGAAGCAGGAGGAGUUCUUGAUCAUUUCCCAGGGGUGAUACCACAUGAAGAAGAAAGGGGGGUUGAAGAAGCAAUUGGCGUCCAGGCUGAGAACGGAGUUAAGGUGGAAGAGGCCUGCACCGGCCAUGAGUUUCAAGUGAUAUCCCCACCAAACUUUGAGGAACUGCUUAGCAAGGACCCAUUUGCAGUGUCUCUUUGCCAGACCAAGGCCACAUCAACAUCGGUCCCUCUUGGUGGACGCGAUGGUGGCCAAUCGAUGCUGUCAUAUCUGGUUUGGGGCAAUGAGACGAGAGAAGAGAAGAAGAGGUCUCGAGGGUGGAGACUUCAUCUGCAUCAAGUACAUGAGCCUUCAACACCUGCCACACCACAUGCUCGUGAGUUGAGACUCCACCUCAUCGACGAGAACCUCAACUUCAAGGAGGUUCUAGCAUGGACCGAAACUUAGGAGCCAUCGUCCGGCUCACGACGUGAAAGAAGCGCUUGUUGGGAGGCAACCCAACCAGUCGGUUUGCAUUUCUUUCUCUAUUUCUCCUCGGUUGAGUCAGUUUUGUUAUUUGAUUUUAGAGUCAAUAACUCAACCUUUGUGAGAUUUUGUGUGGUGUUUGUGGUCUGACCACUCUCUCCUCCUGGAAUACACCGCUUGCCCCGUCCACCAUCAUUCACCCUGGAUCUGGUAACUUCGUUCUACCCUCCUUAUCUUUUCUCCAUUGAGGACAAUGUCGUGCUUAAGUGUGGGGGGAUGUUCGAUUAUGUAUGCGGGUGAAUGUUUGGCUGUUUGUGUGCUUGGAGCCUAGUCCACUGUCCAAAUUUUUAAAUUUGAGGGCUCCAAGUACGUUUUUUCUUGCAAAUUGCAUGCUCAGUAUGCUUUGAAUUGACAGUCUCUAUAGUAAUGUGCAACCUAGGGAGGUAGUGUAGCACUAUGGAGGAUGUUGAAGUAUAAUAUUUUUUCUAUCUAGCUCUCUGCUGUGCCAGUUGAUUUUGUGAAUUAGUGGAGCUAAGACCGUUGAAUUCAUGUGGUAAUGGUGACUCUGUUUGGAUUGUGUUAUGGCCUAGUGUAUCGAACAGGGUGCUCGUGUGGAAAAUGAAAAGCAGUUGGUCCUCCAUGUCGAAAUCAUUAAAUCUUAAACAUGGGGUAAGCCCAACGUGUGCGGCACCGUUCAUUGCACAAAAUCGGGUUUUGGAAGAGAUUUUAGUGAUCCUUAGUGGGGUACUCCUACAAGGUGAAGCUAAGUUGUCUCUAGUACAAGUAAACCUUUCACCCGUUGAACGGUUUGCCUACUUGAGGAUGUGUUUUUAAGGGCACGGAUAGAGCUUCCGACCCCCCUUAAUUUCAUUGACCCUCCGCACGAGUUGAGGAAAAGGAGUUAAAAGAAGUACUCUGGCGAGCGCCAGAUGUACAGAAAUUGCUCUUGCUCGACUAAUAAGGGUCGACCGUGCAAAAGACUGCAGUUGGAACCCCCGCCAAGUGAAUGAAAAAGAAAAAAAAGUAAAAUGAAAGUGAAAAAGGGGUUCCAACGGUGAAAUGAAGUGAAAGAGCACCCCGGUACAUCGAGUCCUUGGUUGUAAAUGGUGUGAGUCCCUUUAUCCAUGAACUGACUGUCUUACUUCUACUUCUUCUCAUGAUCCUGGCUUGAGUCUAGUACUCGUAUUGAGAGAGAUAGGGAACGUCUUAGAAGACCAAUUGACCUCGUAAGCUGCUAUAUUAUCUAGGAAAUCCUCUACCGACGAUCGGGGUUGUUUGUUGCUAUAGAGGUCUGGAGAGUUGCAUUGGUUUGAGUCAGGUUUGCUUGGGGACAAGCAAACGGUUAAGUGUGGGGGGGUUUGAUGACUCGAUAUUUGCACAUGUUUUCCCCUUUGUUUCUUGAUCGUUUAAGCUUGCAUUAUCGCUUCUUUGUCCUAUUUUAUGCUAGAUGGUGUUCCUUUGUCACAUUUCAGGCCCUAGCACAUAAAGUGAAGCGUAGGCGCAAGUUUCAAGUCAAUCGGAGAUCAUUUGGCAAUUCGGGAGAAGAAACACGAGCAUGACCUGAGGAAUAAUGGAUUUCUACCUCAUAUAAUGGACAAAUUAUCAUGGAAGUUUGUUAUUAAAAGAAAGAGGACGAGACUACGAGCGUCUGGGUUCAAACGGCGACUGAUUUGGAGUCCGGACGAGAGAGAAACGAAGCUUUGAACAGGAGCGGAGGAAGAAUUACGGUCAGGAGAAUUACGACCGUAAUUUCCCCUCCCAUGCCCGUAUUUUCACUUCCGAGAGGAGUUUUGGGUGCGCUGAAACUUAACCAAAACGCGUGUUUUGGGCAAAAUACGGGCAUGGAAGAAUUACGACCGUAAUUCAGCCCGUAAUUGGCCCAGAAUCGGGUUUUUGAGGCAGAUUCGAGCCAAAGGAAAGGGAGAGCUGGGUUUUUGGUUCCCAAACACCCAAGGGACGAACCCUAGAGAGAGAGAGCGACUUGGGAACAUUCUUGGAGCUAUUUUGGGGGAUUUCUUCGCCAUUGGAGCUCGGGAGUCAAGCUUGGAGAUGGAGAUUGAAGAUCUAGAUCAGAUUUCUGCAGUCUCUCUCUUCGCUAUGGAGUAACUUCCCUUCACUUAGGUUUUGAGGAACCCUAGUUCCAUGAGUUAGGAUCUUUCUUGUAUGAAGUUUUGGAUGCUAUAUUGUUUGAUUAUAAUCGAAUGAUGCAUGUUUAUUGAGUCAAUUGAAGUCUGAUCAACUUUUCCUGAUUUCUGCUGCAACCUGAGAUAGAUAGAAUCUUAUUAGGUUGUUAGAGCCUCAUCAUUCGGUAGUAGGAGAUUGGCUAUACGAGAGUUAGCCAGUUUACUGCUUUGUACUGGAAUCCAAUUCCAGUAGUGGAGUUCUGUGCUUAUUGCUUCAGCUUUCUAUCCCGGUGAAGACUAGUCGUCUGCCGGAUAGUUAGACUGAGAGGGCUUGGUCAGCUUAAGAGAUUCCAAGCUACUGUCGGAUCUUCCGCAGUUUAAUCAACAGUAAAACAACCAAAAGGAAUUACAACUUGGACCUAAUUGAGGAGCUAGGGGGAAUCAUACCUAAGUGAGUUCCCAUACUGUAAUUAGUAGUUUUACUUAGUUUAGUUAGUAGAGUAGUUUAGUUAAUCAAUCCUUAAUCUAGUUUGCUAGAUAAUGAACUGAAGCUGAGUAA